AUGAAGGCGAUCGCUGUCGUGGUGCUCGCCGUUGCGGCGCUUGCACGGGCGGAGACCGUGUCCGCAGGGAUUGCGAGGGCGGAGGCAAUGGCCUACCCCGACGGCAGCACCACCACCUUUGCCGCCAGCUUUGGCAACUCGAGCUGCGCCAGCGAGCCCGCUUGCGACCCCUCCCGCUCGCCACGUGUUCAGGUGCUCCACGAGGACGCUCGCAUAUUCCUGUAUCAUAACUUUUUGACUGACGAGGAGUGCGACCACAUCAUCAAGUUGGCGGAGCCGACGAUGGCCCGCUCGGGCGUGGUGGAGACAGACUCCGGCAAGAGCAAGAUCGACAACGUCCGCACCUCGAAGGGCACCUUCUUGAACCGUGGCCACGAUUCCGUGAUUGCCGACAUCGAGGCCCGCAUCGCCAAGUGGACCCUCAUGCCCGCAGGCAACGGCGAGGGCCUUCAAGUGCUGAAAUAUGAGCAUGGCCAGGAAUACGAAGGACAUUACGACUACUUCUUCCAUAAGGCAGGCACCGCAAAUGGUGGAAACCGCUACCUCACCGUGCUCAUGUACCUGAAUGACGUGGAGGAGGGCGGCGAGACUUGCUUCCCCAACAUCCCCUCGCCCAACGGCGACAACGGCCCAGAGUUCUCAGAGUGCGCCAGGAAGGUGCUGGCUGCCAAGCCCAAGAAGGGCAACGCCGUGCUCUUCCACUCCAUCAAGCCCACGGGCGAGCUGGAGCGCCGCUCGCUGCACACCGCCUGCCCCGUGAUCAAGGGCGUCAAGUGGUCCGCGCCCAAGUGGGUCCACGUCGGCCACUACGCCGUGGGCGGCGAGAAGCCACAGCACAUCCAGCAAAUCCCACAGGGUGAUUCGACGUACCCCGAAUGCAAGAACAAGGAUGCCGCCUGCGACUCCUGGGCCGGCAAUGGCGAGUGCGAGAAAAACCCGGUGUUUAUGGUGGGCACCAAGCAGCGCCCCGGCCACUGCAUCAAGGCUUGUGGCAAGUGCAGCCACUUCUACACCGCCGUCGACGAGGAGGCGUGA